AUGGAAUCUACUUUAAACACAACCACACGAAUCAGAAGCUGGUCAUCGGCUAUAUCUCCACCUCUAGAAGUGUGUAGAUCUUUCAAGUGGAAGCUACCAACCGCAACAAGAAGAGCUGUCGUUGCUGCUGAUCUUCCAAACUCAAACUUCCGAUGGAGGAAAGUAACAACAACAGGCAGAGCAAAUGUUGCAGCGGAAGCAGCAGCUAGAGUUCCGACAUCAGUACCUGUGAGAGUUGCGCGUGAGCUAGCUCAAGCAGGAUACAAAUAUCUUGACGUGAGGACACCAGAUGAGUUCAGUAUCGGACAUCCGUCUAGUGCUAUUAACGUGCCUUACAUGUACAGAGUCGGAUCAGGAAUGGUCAAGAACCCGAGUUUUUUAAGGCAGGUCUCGUCUCACUUUAGGAAACACGACGAGAUCAUCAUCGGUUGUGAGAGCGGGGAAAGAUCUCUCAUGGCUUCAACUGAACUUCUCACUGCUGGUUUCACAGGGGUCACAGACAUAGCUGGAGGAUACGUUGCCUGGACGGAGAAUGAACUACCAGUAGAGUGA